GAUCUAGAGCAACAGACGCCAUAGAUGUGACAAUGGAUUAGAAGGAGGGAUGAGGAAAAAAGAAAAGGAGGGUGGGAGUCUGAACAUGUGCGGGAAGAAAAAAAAGAGCUUACCCAAACCUUGCAUUUGUUGGAGGCUUGACUAUCUUGUGAUGGCUCCUCUUCUCCUGUCCGCUUUCUCCACGCCGUCCUGCCAGCUCGCAUAAACUCAUGGAACGCACGCUGGACUUUUUCUUGGAGAAAACAUUUCCACACUUCACCGCUGCAGUACUUGCAUGGACCCAACUGAAGGAAUACAAUGGAGCCCUACAACGACUCAUUCAAAACCAUCCCUGCUAGAUUUUGGGUGUGACGUGACGCCUCUCUGCAUGACUGGAUGAACUUAAGGAGAAGGAAAAUGCAAAUACCAGCGUUAAUCUGGAUGCUGCAGCUCCUGAACGUUGCAAAAGGCCCGGACAGCACAGGCGUUCUGAGAUUUAAACGUAGUGAUCCGGCGGGCAGCGGCUGUCAGGUAGGAUGUGCAACAUGCUCUCCGCUGAACGGCUGUCUGUCCUGUAAGCCUCGCUUCUUCUUCCACCUGGAGCUGGACGGCAUCCAGCAGAGGGGGACGUGCAUGUCCUCCUGUCCCCGAGGUCACUACGGCAUGCGCUCUCCCCACAUCAGCACUUGCAUCAAGUGCAAGGUGGAUUGCGCCUCCUGCUUCAGCGAAAACUUCUGCACCCGCUGUCAUCCCGGCCACUUUCUGUUCCGGGGCAAAUGUGAAAGCAGCUGUCCGAACGGGCUGACCGCAAACGCUGCACUGCGAGAAUGCACAGAGUGCCCUGACGGAUGUGAGCUGUGUGUGGGGAGGAACAAUUGUACGAGGUGCAGAGCAGACAUGUACCUCCUCCAUGGCCAGUGCAACCACACAUGUCCCAAAGGCUUUGAGCUUGAUGUCCAGCUCAUGCAGUGCAUGCCCCAAGUUCAUUGCGAAGUUGGAGAAUGGUCGAGUUGGGGUCAGUGCGUUCGGAAGCAGAACACGACGGUCCACAGGCGGGGGGAGGAAACACGCACACGACAAAUCCUGCAUUUCCCAAGCGCCUCCGGUGACCCCUGCCCUCACGUUUCAGAGAUCAGGAAAUGUGCAACAAAAAAGAAGCAGAAAAGCAGGUCGGAAUGAGCUGAGGAAAUCACUUGUAAAUUAUUAAACAUUCAGUCUUGUAUUGCUCCCUUCCACUUUUGGGGAUUAGGUAAUAUUUCUGAAAAAUAAAUGAUUUUCUUGAGGAGUCUACAAGAAGUGAAAAGAAUCGGUUGGUCCAUUUAAGAUGUUUUUUGUUAUUUUUUAAUUAAUUGAUUUCCUGGUUAAAAUCUCAUAUUUAGCUGCCACCAUUUCAACGUACUACUGUGGUGUAUGUUUUUACUCAAACAGUUCAAAGCGAUUACAACUUUUUCUCAUGAAUGAUUCAAACAAGUAAUGUAGAUAUUGUGAAACAACAGUGUGAGAAAUAAAUCUGAUCUUUGCACGUGAAUGUUACUCAAAUGUGUUUACAAUCUGUAAUUUGUAAUCCUAGUUUUUUUUUUAUAAUGUAAAAUGUGAUUACAUUUCUGUCUGUUGGAAAAGAGAUGCUCUUCUUUAUGUAAUUUUUCAUCUAGAGUUGUUUGAUCCUGAGUGGGUAUAGUUCUGCCAUUGUACAUAUAGUAAAUCCAUGGGGACAAUUUUGUUAUUUGUGUUGCUAUUAAAAUUUGCUUAUAAAGUUAGAAACACAUGAAACGUUUUCCCAGAUACGUUUGUCCAGUCAGCUAG